AUGCCAAGGAGAAGUAGGAGGUCAGGAGUGAGAUUCAUUGAGGAUGAUAGAGACCGUAGUCUCACAUUCUUCAAGCGACGAUACGGGAUUUUCAAGGCCGCUUCUGACCUCUCCACCCUUACAGGAACGAGGGUUGCUGUGGUGCUAGAGUCCAUAAAUGAGAGGUUUUCCUCUUUCGGCACCCCAGAUGCUAGCCCAAUUGUUGAUGCUUUCCUUUCAGGGGAUAUGCCAACUGAGUUCGACACCAGUGAAGAACAAAAGGUCAAAAUCACCAACUUACAAAAUGAAAUGUUCCAGCUGGAGAAAGACAAGGCUAUGGAGGACAAGAGGAAGAAGGAGAACAUCGCAUGGACCAAGGAGAUCCAAGAGACCUCAAGGAUGACCAAGUAUGUUUAUGGUAAGGAAGAUGAUCUUGAUGCCACUGAGCUAUAUGAGAUGUAUCGUGAGCUCUCACGGAUCAAGCAAGAGACUGAUGAACGCUUGACAACCUUGCUACAUGAUAACAAUGUAGAAGCCGAUGGUCGGCUAAGAGAUUCAUCACUAUUGCAACCUAGUUGGUGGCGCUCAAUGCAUCCACAAGUUACACCACCAAAGUAUUCUCCAUGGGCACCUUUGCAAGCAUCCUUCCAGCACCAAGGAUCAUCCUCAUCCCAUCAAGUGCUAGCAAGGUUAGGCUCCUCAUGUUCAUAUUCUGUGAUGUUUCCAUCACAACAGGUACAACCAAAACUGCAACAUCGUCCUUUAGUGCCAUUGGCUCCUUCCAUUGUUCGACUCCAAGCACCAACGUCUAAGGAAGCCUACCCUUUCAAAUAUAAUAUUCGUGGCCUAGACAUCAGUGGUAAAAAAUCAUACCCACUCUCAUUCUCUCCUAUAUCACCUUCACCACCAUCCCAACCACCAUCACUGCAAACUCCACCAUCAAAUGAUUCAUCACCUCAAUCACUGUCACCGCAGUUUUCAUCCCCAAUGGAUCUAGUGCCCCAACAACUUCCUUCCAAUGCACAGAAUUAUAACUCUCUGCAUCCACCUCAAAACUAUGCAAAUGCUAGCUCAACCUAUGAACUAGAUUUUGAGUUGGGAAACACCAGCGGUAAUGGAGGCCAAACCGGUGGUGCUCACAUCAAGGGGUUUGAUUUAUCUACUCCGCAACAAGGUGAUGGCUGUCUUAGAGUUACGCCUGAGGCUUCUUCUGCUGGAGGAAUCUCUAAUGGCGAUGAUGCAGGAAGUAAUCUUGGUGACUUGAACUUCCCUUGGUACUAG